UUAGCCUUGUGACGACGUUUUCAGACCAAGCAGCAGCCGGAACUCUCAGCCUGCUAAUUCAAAGAAAUGCCACAAGAUACAGCCUUCGGUACACUCUCUUGCUUACCGGGCCAGCCACCGCACCCAAACGAAUCGCCUUAUAUCAGAGACAACACCAGCAGCCCGUCAUCACGGUCCCCCUUCCCCCCCUCGCCUGCGCACAGCCCGCGCCAUCCGUGUGGCACUGCUCUGGCGCACCCACCUCGCCUCCCCUCCCCGCUGCUCCCCUUGCCGCCCUCCUUGCUGCUGCUUCUACUGGCACUGCCGGCGGUGCCACUGCCGGAGGUAACACCGCGAGUGAGACCCCUGCGAGCGGUACCAGCGGCAUUGGUUUCUCUGCUGCGGUGGUGGCCGCUGGGAGCAGCAGCAUUGGCGCGUUAUCUCGAGCCAAGGCGUUCUACGCUGUCCCCUCGGCACUCACGCCUGUGCUCUACCCCACUGCGGCCGCCCAGCUGGGCGGAGCAGCCAAGGGAGGCGUCACCGUCUCUGUCUCCUCCACCAACACACUCACCAACUACAGCCUCGCCAGCCCCUCAUAUCAACCCCUCCGUUAUCUCACAUCAUCUCCGCUUGGUCAUCUCUUGCUACCAAGUUCAAGAUCUCCUGAAUUCUUACCUGCCUCUUCCCGGAUUCGCACCACUACCCUUACCACUGUGUUGAUCGCCAACCCCUCCCAACCUAUCUGUAUUCCUCCCCCCUGUCCUCCCCUUCGCAGCAACACUCUCGCCAAGAUCAAACCCCUUAAUCGUAGUCAACCCUACUCAACCCCUCCGGUUGGUCAAGGUCUCCCUCUCACCCCCCUCCUCCUCCUCCUCUCCCUCCAUCCCCUCCACCUCCUCCUCCUCCUCUUCCUCCCCCACGUCCUCCACCUCCUCCACCUCCCCUCUCUCCCUCGCCUGCACGUGGGUCGCCCCCCUCCCCUCGGUGUGAGGCACAGCCAUGGCUGUUCAGGUCUCCCCAGCAGCCAAGGCGGUAGCGGCGCUGCCAGCACUGCCGACAGGGGCGAGGAGUGCAUGUGUGGUUGGAGUGAGUGUGGGAGGAGGGGUCGCUGCGACCCAAGCGGCACAGGGGGCGUUGGUGCGAGUGGUGGAGCACGUGCGGUGAGACAGUGGUGCGCUGCGGCCUGGCUCUGGAUUGUUGUGAGCUACUAG